UUAUAUUUGGAUAAUCAACGGCUGUGAGAGAGAAUUUGCAGAUCGAGUUAAUGAUUGUAUUAUGCGAUUGUCGUGGGCUCUUGUUCAUUCCAGACAACCUGAAGAUGUGCAACGAGGGAUUGCCAUGCUCGAAGCUUCACUAACCAACACCGGUAGUCCAUUGCAAAAGAGGGAGAAACUCUAUCUGCUCGCAGUUGGUCACUACAGGGGUGGGGAUUAUUCAAGGAGCAGACAUUUUCUAGAGCAAUGUUUUUCGAUUGCACCAGACUGGAAGCAAGCUCUGUCUCUAAAGAAGAAUGUUGAAGAACGAAUCACUAAAGAUGGUGUUAUUGGAAUGGGCAUCGCUGCGACUGCCGUUAGUCUCAUAGGAAUAGCAGCUGCUGCGUUUGCUCGGAGAGGCUGAUCUUUUCUGUAGGGAUAAAAUGAAUGCAUUCCUCUGCUUUUGCUUUGUUAUAAUAGAUACAAGCCUCUGAUAAUCAAUUGGAAGAAUAAUUUGACA